CUGCUGUUUGCUAUAAUCCAGGACAAAUCCCGUUAUCAGUCUCUGGGGCAUUAACACCAUUGACUAUCUCUGAGGGACCCUGUGCAGGCGGGAGAAUUUUCCCUUGACUGGUAUUUGAACGGGAUCGGGGAACAGGAAAUAAUUCCGGCUGAGGAGGGUUAGAACUCGCGAUGGCUAAUUCGGGGUUUCAACUGUUGGGGUACUUCUUGGCGCUGGGAGGCUGGGUCGGGAUUAUUUCCACCACGGCGCUACCCCAGUGGAAACAGUCUUCCUAUGCCGGGGACGCGAUAAUCACAGCGGUGGGACUGUACGAGGGUCUGUGGAUGUCCUGCGCUUCCCAGAGCACCGGGCAAGUUCAAUGCAAAGUCUACGACUCCUUGUUGCUGUUGGAGGCCCACAUCCAGGCAUCCCGGGCCCUGAUGAUUGUUUCCGUUGUCCUCGGAUUUAUCGGCGUCAUUGUCAGUGUGGUCGGAAUGAAAUGCACAAAAGUGGGAGACAAUAACCCCCUUACCAAGAGCAGGAUCGCCGUCUCGGGAGGUGUCCUCUUUCUCGUGGCUGGACUCUGCACCCUUGUGGCAGUAUCUUGGUAUGCAACGAAUGUUUCAAAUGAGUUCUUUGACCCUUUAACACCAGUCAAUGCCAGGUAUGAGUUUGGCUCGGCCCUGUUUGUUGGGUGGGCAUCUGCGAGCCUCACAAUCUUGGGAGGGUCCUUCCUAUGCUGCUCCUGUCCAAAUGAAGAAAGAAGGAGCCAGUUGUACUACAGAUCAUCUCAACUAUCCUCAGCCAAAGAGUCAAAUUUAAAGAAAGCAACGUCUGUCAAGGGGGAGCAGUAUUUGUAGCAAGCCACUCCUGUGGCAUCUCAAAACAAUAUCCUGUAUUUUGUUCAUGUGAAGGAUUCAGUCAAUGGCAAAAUAAAACAUAAUUUUAAAACUUUCUGACUUUACUGAGAAGGUACUUGGAAUUUUGGUCAAUGUACAAGGCAUUGGGUAGCACAGUCGUGAUCCCUGUUGCUUAAAGAGAGGCCUGGAAUUAGAUCUCAAAAACACAUACACUCUCUGGUUAUUUGUGCUUUAAGGAAACUGAAUUUUUGUGUUUAUUUACUGAUUAUACUGGAUUCAGGAAGGGAAAAUCCUUCAAUAAAAACUGAUGAAGUGA